AUGUCAUCCCCAAAUUUUAAAAAAAUAUUUAUAGACGAUAUUUCACGUCUUUUGAAAAGCGGACGUUAUUCUAAUGUUGAAAUAAGAGCAGGAGAAGCACCAAAUGUAAAAGUUUUUCGUGCUCACUCUGUUAUCCUUCGUGCUCGCUGUCCGUAUUUUCGAACAGCAUUGUCGCCGGCCUGGAAUACUGAAUCUGGUGAUAAAUUUAAAAUUGAGAAACCAAAUAUUAAAGGCACAGUUUUUGAAGCAAUCUUGAGAUAUAUUUAUACGGGAAAAUGUAUUCUCCAAAACUGUGAUGUAGUUGAUCUUCUUCUUGCUGCCGACGAAAUCCUUCUUGUUGAAAUUGUCACCCGUUGCCAAGACAAAAUUCUCAAAGACUACCCACUCUUUUUCGAACAAGAUCUCGUUCGUUUAUACGAGAUAUCUUCUCAGUUAAAUUCCUGCACAGAGCUCAACGAAUUUUGCUCUAAAAGAAUGGCCGAAAAUGCCGCUUCUCUCUUCAAAUCUGUUGAGUUCUUGAAUUUAAAUGAAAAUUUACUCGUUUCGUUUUUAAAACGAGAUGAUUUAGCGUCUCCAGAAGUUGAAAUUUGGGAAUUUCUUGUAAAAUGGGCUCUCGCGCAAAAUCCCAAUAUUCCUGAACAAGUCGAAGCUUGGAGCGAACAAGAUAUCUCUGACAUGCAAAAUACUGUUGAAAACUUCUUACCACUCAUAAAAUUUCUUGAAAUUCCCGGGAAAGAUUAUCUUGCGAAAGUUCGACCUUAUAAAAAAUUGCUGCCUGAUGAUCUAAGAUCAAAUAUUAAAAAAUAUCAUAUCACGACAAAGUCGAAGGAUUACCGUUCAUUACGAACAACUGAGCUCUUACCAGAUACGCAAAUCGGGUACAAAUACCUCUUUGAUACGAUUUCUACUUGGAUCUUACGAGGCGAUAAGCCAGAUUACAGUAACGGUAAUCAACUAGCGAUACGAUACAACUUCAAGCUCCUCCUACGAGGAAGUCGUGAUGGAUUCAGCAGACAAGUAUUUGGUCGUAAAUGCGCUAACGAAGGGAAUUUGGUUGUUUUGAUCAGAACAAAGAACCCAACACGAAUUAUUGGCGGAUAUAAUCCCAGAUUUUGGGAAGAAGAAAAUGGUUGGCGCGAAACGAAACAUAGUUUUAUAUUUCGUUUUAGCGACGUUCCAUUCCAGGAAGUACCACACAUCAGUCGCGUGAAAAAUGAGAAAUAUGCGAUUAAUUUGACGAAAUGGGAAUAUAACUUUUUUAAUGAUAUUGGAUUCGGCCGUGGUGAUUUAUAUAUCUUUAAAGGAACCUGUCAGCUUAGAUCGUACGAAAGUGAAAUCUUCGAAGAAGAGACUUUCAAAAUGGACGAUUAUGAAGUGUUCCAAGUGGAAUUGUUCUUUGAAUGA